UCGGGACAUUUCAGUGAAGAUAUGAUCCCUACGGUCGGCUUCAACAUGAGGAAGGUCACUAAAGGAAACGUCACUAUCAAGAUCUGGGAUAUAGGAGGGCAGCCGAGGUUUAGGAGCAUGUGGGAGCGGUACUGUCGGGGAGUUAAUGCAAUCGUAUACAUGGUUGAUGCUGCAGAUCGAGAAAAGGUGGAGGCAUCCAAGAACGAGCUUCAUAAUUUAUUAGACAAACCUCAGUUGCAAGGGAUUCCUGUUUUGGUACUGGGUAACAAAAGGGAUCUCCCCACUGCUUUAGACGAAAAGCAACUCAUUGAGAAAAUGAAUCUAGCAGCUAUUCAAGACAGAGAGAUAUGCUGCUAUUCAAUUUCCUGCAAAGAGAAAGACAACAUUGACAUUACACUUCAGUGGCUCAUCCAGCACUCAAAGUCUCGCAGGAGCUGAAUGAAGGAAACAUUUUUCCAGCUGUUAUUUGCCAUAUUACCGUCAUGUCAAACCCUUAUCACUCUGCAGAGCUGUACAGUUGUAUAUUCCUACGUCACACGCUGCUACGUUGGCUUGUUUCACACGCUUUAUUUUUUUGUUUUUCCUUCUGUGAUUUUUAUUUUACAAGCCCAGAUAAUGCACUACUUAAACCUACCAGAUGUAAAGAAUGAAUUUGGCAUUAUACAUCUUGUGAAGCUGUACUUUAACCAAGACAAGAAACUGUUUUCUUUUACUACCUUUCACCCUGCAGGCAUUAACCACAUGGGUUUGUAACAUACUAUUAUACGAGGAAGGUGUUAAUGUUGGUCAAACGGGCCUCCAAAWAAGGAAUGUUGCGCAUAUAGUCGGGUAUGAUGUCAGUAGGUGUCUUAUUUGGACUCACAAACUUUCCUUUAUCUGUCGAGCUCUUUUCAGUGAUUGUUUUUGACGACUGUCACCCUUUGCUUGAUAAAAGACAUGACUUCUUUUUAGAAAAUUGUGCAUUUACGUCGAUUGAAGCAGGUCUGUACAAAUGUCAAGCUAGUAUGAUUUUUACCAAUGUUGGAAUGUGUGUGUAUGAAUAUAUGAUUCUAUUUAAAGUCUGAAUGUACAAAAGAUAAAAGCUGUACAGGCUUGUGUGAGUCAUAUUGGCCUCUGUAAAAUAGCUUCAGUGGAGUAAUGUUGCAUCGGGGCUGAGAGCGUGGCAGAAAUCAAAGUGCCUUUUUUGCAACGUCUCUCAGCCUCUGGAGCAAAGCAGCAUGGAAGGUGUGUCUACCUGUGUAGAAUUAAAAACACCUCUUCGAUAUAUAAUAAAGAAUAAAUGGCAUGCUUUUUAAUUUA